AUGGUCAGAGUACAAGGAGAGCACUACCUCCAGGGGCCAGCAGCCUCUGGAGACCUUAUUGAGCUGGUUGGUGCCAUUGGCGAGUCUGUGACUUUCCCUCUGAAGCACUCAGUAAUGCAGGUUGGCAGCAUUGUCUGGAUCUUCCACACAACUCUUGUGACCUUAGAGCCACAAAAGCCAAACAAGUCGGCUGUUUUCAUAGUGACUCAAAGUCAUAAAAAGGAAAGAGUGAGUUUCUCAAAUACAGACUACUCCCUGAAGCUCAGCAAACUGCAGAAGAAUGACUCGGGUAUCUACCGUGUGGAGAUACACAGCUCACUGCACUCACUACCCUUCACUCAGGAGUAUGUGCUGCAUGUCUAUGAACAUCUGUCAAAGCCCAAAGUCACCAUAGGCCUUCAGAACAAAAACAAUGGCACCUGCAUGGUCAAUCUAACAUGCUCCAUGGAACAGGGAGGAGAGGAUGUGACUUACAGCUGGAAUUCCCUAGGGCAGGUAGUCAAUGAGUCCCAUGAUGGCUCUAUCCUCUCCAUCUCCUGGAAACUUAAGGAAAGGAACAUGACCUUCAUCUGCAUGGCCAGGAACCCCAUCAGUAGCAACUUCUCAAACCCCAUCUCUUCCUGGAAGCUAUGUGAAGGUGCUGCUGAUGACACAGAUGUCCCCAUGAUUCUCCUGUACCUCGUGUUGGUGCCCUUGCUCUGCAUUCUUAUACUGGGACUUGUUAUUUUGAUUAUGCAGAGAGAGAGAAGAAAAGAGUCCAUUGAAGAAAAGGGAAAGGAAAGACAUCAAGAAAUUCCUCACACCGGCCCCCAUUCAGGAGAGAACACGGCGUAUGACACAAACUCUUACCCUAAUAAAACCAGCUCUGAGGAAGGUGCAGUAAAUACACUUUAUUCCACUGUGCAGAUACCCAAAAAGGUGGAGGAACCCGACUCACAGUCCAUGACUCCAGACACAUCAGGGUCAUUUGCCUAUGAAAAUAUCAUCUAA